CCGGGUUCAGGUGCAAUCCUUGAACUCCCAAAGCUCGCAAACGUGAAGGCAGCUUCGAGCAACCGAGCUUGUACGCAGUAACUAAGCGGGAGAAAGACCAACCGACUUCCUCGCAAUUUUAACUAGUGCAAUUACCUGACUUGGUACGCUAGAAUGUCGUGCACGUGACUUCGUGAGGAAACCGCGUCAGACGCUCUCUCGGCUCGACCUGUGCUUUCCUCGUAGCGAUCUUGCACAUAUGGUGCGCACCUGAAUGUGACGAAGACGCUGCCUUCGUCCCGGCACCAGACGAUGGCCGGCAGAAAAAGAAACGCGCCGACGGGUAGCAGCCCGAGAGCGACGCGAUCAAGCACGAGGGCAGCAUCGCAGAGCGCGGCGAGGCGAACAGCCGCAGGCGCAGAGGCUGCCGUUCCCGACGUUUAUCGGCAGAUGGUAGCCGAGGCCCGAGCUGAGCUUCGUUCACAGAAUGCUGCCGGCGCCACCGAACGGCCCUUGAAACGCAGGCGUCCGGGGGAACGGGCACCUGCCAAAACCAGCACGCCAGCAGCCAGCACCGCCACCAGAGUUACAACCAGGGAACCCGGCAGCGAUGUCGCCGGCACCACGACUGGCGAUGACAUCCAAUUUGAGAAUGUCAUGCUGCCGACGCCCACCGUACAGACCAUAACGAGGUCGGACGACGAGGAUGAAGAUGACGACAUCGACUUUGAAGAUGUAGUCAUCGAGCCCGCGGCGUCGUCGGCAGCAACACCGGAGAGGAAAUCUCAGGAGCUGAGUCUCGACCUCUCCGCUCACAUGGCGGCCGCGGGCCCCCCCCGCCCGGACCGGCGCAAGGCCAUCAGCAGGGAAGAGAAGGCGCGCCGUCUCGAGAUCCACAAGGUGCAUCUGGUCUGUCUGCUAGCACACGUGGAGCUCAGGAACCGAUGGUGUAACGAUUGCCAAGUCCAGGACGCCCUCCGGCCAUUACUGCCGCAGAAGACGGUAGCAGCCCUGCUACCCAGGGCCAGUCUGAAUCAGUUCGGGCGCUCAGAGUCGUUGAGGAGGGGUCUCCAGGAGGCGAAAGAUCUAUUCAGGCUGAAAUUUACCAUCACCGAGAGGGGAUUGUGGAGGGCGCUGUGGGCCGAAGAUGAAGAGCAGCUGAAGAAUUACCAACUUCCAGACGACAUCGACACCGUCCUGGAGAAGAGCGAUUUUAUCGAAGCAGCCCGGACGUUACAAGGUUCCCGCGACGUCGGUGCCCAGCUGUUUUGUGCCCUGCUCCGCUCUGUCGGCGUUGAAGCCCGGCUCGUCUGUUCCCUCCAACCUCUGUCUUUUGUCUCUGGUGCCCCUACGAUGCCGCGACAACGGCAGGCGCAGACACCUCAGAAGCAACCAUCCAAGGCCGAGCUCUAUGCGGCAGCGGUAGCAAAGCACGAGACAAAGUUCCCCGAGUUCCACGCCGGCGCAACAACGCCCUCUGCUCGUCGACGGUUGGGCCACCCGCACGCCACCGGUUAUCGCGUUCCGUCCGUCACCGCACCCUCCCACUCGCCCUCCUCGUCCGGCGCCCAGGGCCCCCGAACCAUUCGCGGCGAGUCGCCGUUCCCUGUCUACUGGGUCGAGGUCCUGGACGCCGCCCACCAGAGCUGGCACCCGGUUGACCCGCUCGUGACCGGCACGCAGUGGAAGCCCCACGCGCUCGAGCCACCGGCGUCCGACGCCCUCAACUCUCUCGCCUACGCCAUUGCCUUCGAGGCCGACGGUAGCGCCCGCGACGUCACCCGGCGCUACGCCAAAGCCUACACGUCCAAGACGCGCAAACACCGCAUCGACAACCCCACCCUCACCACGGCUCCGUCCAAUUACCACCCCAGCGACCCGACGAGGGAUCCCGCUCCCGGCCCCCGCUGGUACCGCCGCCUCCUCCGGCGAUAUAACCGUCCGGUCCCGACCGACCUGGAUCAGAUCGAGCUCACCGAGCUUGCGGCGGCCGAGGCGCGCGAGCCGAUGCCGCGCAACGUGGCCGACCUCAAGGACCACCCUGUGUACGCGCUGGAGCGGCACCUGCGCCGGCACGAAGCGCUCGCGCCCGGGGCAGAGCCCAGCGGGACCAUCCGGGUCUCUGCCGGCGGGGGCGGGAAGGCCGCCACAGUGGAGCGGAUCUACCGGCGACGGGACGUGCGUGUCGUGAGGAGCCGCGAGCGGUGGUACCGGAUGGGGAGGGUCGUGCGGGAUGGGGAGGAGCCGGUCAAGAGCCUGCCGAGGCGGAAGCGGAAGAGGGAGGGGAGGAGGGGUGGCCCACACCGUGACGGCGACGACUUCUUCUUCGACGACGAUGACGACGAUGAAGACGAUGACGAUCCGGAUAGGGUGGGGUUGUUUGGAGACGCGGCCAGCGGGUUCACGCCGCUCUACAUGCUGGAACAGACGGACGAGUACGUGGCGCCGCCGGUGGUGGGCGGGAGAGUGCCCAAGAACAAGUUCGGCAACCUGGACCUGUACGUGCCGAGCAUGCUGCCCCGGGGGGGAGCGCACGUGCGGCACCCGCGGGCCGCGCAGGCCGCCUUCAUCCUCGGGGUCGACUACGCGCCCGCGCUGACCGGGUUCGAGUUCCGGGGGCGGCACGGCACGGCCGUGCUGGACGGGGUCGUCGUGCCCGAGGAGGCGGCGGACGCGGUUUGGGCCGUCAUCCAGGGGCUAUCGGACAUGGAGGCCGAGGAGGAGCAGGAGAGGAGAUCGAGGCGGGCGCUGAGGAUGUGGAGUACGUUCUUGAAGGGCCUGAGGAUCAGGGAGAGGAUCUGGGCCGGGGUAGAUGCAGAGGCGGAGGCAGAGGCAGAGGCAGAGACAGGGGGUGGUAAAACAGAGGGGAAAGGGAAGGGUAAAGAGGUGGUGAAUGAGAAAGAGGAGGGAGAUCACGUGGGCAUUCAGGAUGAAAGUGAGGAUGAUAUAGGGGGCGGCGGCUUUUUUGUGCCGGACGAAGACGAUGAUGGCGGGGGUGGCGGGUUCAUUGUGGAAUAGGUGUUGCCCAAAGGUAGUAAUAGUACGCACCUUAUUCAGGCACGGUGGAUUGUCAGUUCCAUGAGAAGAAGCAAAUAUGCGCUCAAGUCCGUCUCGCGGUUCUUGUCUGCGCGCUGCCCAUCCG